AAUAAAAUCAAAUUAUUUCCAUAAUUUAAACACAAUUGGAAACCUUCGCCGAAUGGAGUAUGCAUUUUGAAACAAAUAUGAUAAUAUAUUGGUUUUCUAUCAAAAAUAAUCAUGAAAUUCACAACACACUUAUAGCAAUUGCAAAAUCCAAGAGAAGCCUGCAGAGGUAAACUCGCAAAACCGGCUAACAAACCACCAUGCGAUCCACUCUCUUGACAUGCUUCUUUAAUUAUAAUUCUACCACUCAAACGAAAGUGAAACUGAUGUCGCAUCACACACAGUCUGCAACACCGUUCAGCCGGUUGCCCCAUGUCGCGCAACAAAACACCGUUGAAUCACCAGCCGGCUGAGCAACACAACAACAACAACAGCAACCACUUGCAAUGCCCGAUCGAGCGAGCGGCCUUGCGCUGCACAUGACCGACUGACUGCUGGAGCUGGAGCAGAAGCAGGAGCCGGAGCCGGAGCCCGAGCCGCCGCCGCCAAAGAGCCAACCACGCGCAAAGGUAUAGGCGUUGAGCCACCACCAUCAUCAUGAGCGAGCACCGGACUGACUGACUGACUGAACUGCAUGCGGCGAAGGCGCGCAGCUCCACCGGCAAGCGCGCGCUGCGGCCGAGGACCAACUUGAGGGAUUCGGUGGUACAAAUUCGUUAGUUUUAUUUCUGAACCCGUGGUCUCAAGACGUACAUCGCGGACGCGCGUUCGCGUUCCUCGGAAUCCUUGGAACAAAACCCCCAGGCGAUUGUUUUCCACUAGAAGAAGUGUGUUGCUACGGAGGGGGAUAUUUUCUUUAUGAGGAUCAGGCUUCUAGAACGAUUUUCCACUUCUGGAUGGGAAUAAUGGCACUUUUGGAGGAUAACGGUGUAGAAUGUGCAAGGAUGCUGCUGGAAAUGGGCAUUUGUGAAUGUUUUUUUAUGGAUUAUGGAGAGUGCUUGUUCGCAAUGGUGUUAUGUAAUGAAACCUUCUAGUGCAACUCAGACCUGAUUGCAUAACGAUCAUAAACAGUGCUGAUUUUGGAAGUGUGGUGAAAUAACUGAAAGGAGAGAAUGUGAACCACGAUGAAGAGUAGUCGGUUGAAAUAUAAGUCGAACAGGAUUUGCGAGUAAUGAUCUUAUAAAAGUGAUGUUGCAUAAAAAAUGAUAAAUAACGAUUAUAACGUUUAGUGGAAGAAUCGAUGCUAGUGAACAUAACAAUUCAGUGAAAUGCGGUCGAAACUUGACGAUGAGGAAUGUUGAACAUCUUCGUGAGCAAAAUAAAAGUGAAUUUGUAGAUCGAUCAGUAUUGACAAAAAGGCAUAGCAAAAUGGAUUUUUAUGAUAAUUUUCGAGUAUCUAAUGUGCGCCGGAUACUAUUUUGGUGCAUUCCAAGAAACAUUGAGUUGACCUGUAUCUAUAUUUCAUUUGUUGUUUUUUUGUUAAGAACACAUCAAAUUUACGUUGUUUCUUCUACACACCGCAAUGGUCUUAAUUUUAUAGGCUUGGGCCAAAUUAUUCUUUCAUAAAAAAUAUAUAAACUUUAUUCAUUUUGAAACGUUGCAGAGCAUCUAUUUGUUUUAGAAAAAAUAUUGGAUUAGACCAGGUUCAUGAAGAUAAUGUCAGAGAAUAAUGUCGAAAAUCCUGCUCUCGAAAAAAUCAUCAACGGAAUUUCAAUAUAUUUUUUUCACUCAAUAGAUAAAAUUUAUUAAAACUGAAUCUAAAGUGCACAUUUAAUGAAAUUUAUAGAUGUUAAAGCAAAAUUCUUCACGAAAUGCUCAGCAAAAAUCUUGAACAAAUUGGUGAAGGUGCAAGAAUUUUAGGAGAAAAUGCCAUAUGAAAUCUGCUGUCUUUAUGGAAAUAACAUAAAGUAGAAAUAUCUUUGGAAAGAUUCGUCAAUAGUUGUAGCAAUGCCUCAUGAAACACAAUGGACUUCUUUGUUUAUAUCUCUAUACUUCAAGCAAUACCAUUUAAAACGCUACAUUUUCUAACAAGAUUUUAAAAAACUAACCUAUCAACCUAUCAGAAUUUUAUUCAGAUGUUUCAACCAUUUAUUCUGAGAUUUCUUCCAUGAAUUCGGGCCAAAUUUUCAAAUUUCAUGUUUAAAUAUUCUUAAAAGUAUUGUACCGAAAACGUUCAGGGCAUUCCUUGAAAAUAUUUAUUAGACACCUAGCAUUUAUUCUUUUAGAAAUCUCUUGAGGGCUUCUCCAAAUCUUCAAACAUAACUUUACUUAAACUAAAAUUCAUAAUGAAAAAAGAGGUAUAUGCAAAAGUUGCCUUCACUAACAAUACACCCGGAAUGUACCACGUUUAUUUGUCGAAGUGAAUUUCCAAAUCCUCUCACAGAUUCCACUGAGAACUCUUUUGAAAAUUCUACAAAAAUGUACUCUGGAAAUCUAUCAAAACUUCCAUAAGCGAACACUCUAUCCUGAAUUGCCUGUUCGGUACUUUUUUGACAAAAAUAGAACAGCAGGACUAUUUCGGUAGCUUUGGUAAUCGAUUUUACGAAGGUUCACUACACCAACUGUCAAAAACUCAACAACAACAAAAGAUAAACAAUCAAUUUUGCAGCUGUUCUAUUUUCGAUAAAAAUUUACCGUACUCGGUAUUCAAAAUUAAGUGUGAAUACUUAAGAAAAUUAUCCAAGAGUCUCACCUGAAAUUCUACUUACAAGCCCUUCGGUAAAUAUGCUAUGGAGGUGUCUAUCCAUCUCCUGUAUUUUACCCUAAAAUUUGACUGAGUAUUUUUUUCCAGAUAUUUUAUACAUACUUCUCUAAAAGUUCAGUACAACAUUUUGUAAACAAUUUUGCAGAAAUUUCUCCUGGAAUUAUGUCGAAAUUCUUCUCCGAGAACAGUCAGAAAGAUUUCAAGAGUGCAGAAAUUCUUUAGUAUAUAAGUCUACCAAUUUCUUCAGGCCUUUUGUUUUUCUAUUAACUUUUUUAAGACAUUUCAAGCAAUUCGAACUAAUUAGCACAGGAAUUCCAUCAGAAAUAAUCAGCAAUCCUUCUAUUCUAGGGAACGUUGUUUUGAACUUCUUCAGAAAUUAAGCUUUAACUACUCGGUUAUUUCAAGUAUAAGAGUAAAAGACAAAGAUAAUAAGAGAUUUGAAAUACAAACAAUUAAAAAAAAGUUUGCAAAUCGUUCAACUGGAUUUUGACACAGUUUCGAGGUAAUCGCGUUUGUGUUACCCGUUUUACCUUGUCCCCUUGGAGGAGGUGUGCUACAAUGGGUUGUAACUUUCAUUCUAGAGCUCCGAUCUUUCUGAAAUUUUGAAUGGGACUUGUCUAGCUACAGACUGGACUCGAAAAAAGUGAGACACUCAAAAUAAUGUAUAACUUUUGAUUGCGUUCACAAAAAUAGCUGAUUUUUUAACCAGGAAUAGCAUGUUAUGUGUAGUUAAUGCCCUAAAAAUUUCAUCAAAAUCGGUUCAGUAUUGGCGCAAAUAUUGUCGAUACAAUAAAAUGUGAUUUUGGAAAUUUUGGGCUACCAUUUUAAAAAUUGAUUAGGCUAUAACCUGGCUGUUAGCUCAUCAAAACGUCUGAAAAUUUGACUGUAAGUUCUUCAAGUAAGUGGUGAAAUUUCAUUAUAAUCGGUUCAGUACUUUUUUUUAACAAUUCAAAAAAAACGGGGUUUCCAAAUGUUGGGCACUUUUUAACAUUUUAAAAUCAGUGUGCAUUAUUUUGACUGUAAUAUUGGCAACACUGUCCCGAUUUUUUUUGAAACUUUGACAGUGUAAAAUCGUUGUGUUAAUCUGUUCUCAGUAAAAAAAUUCAGCCAUUUUGAUUGAACAUUUUGAAAGUUAGGGCAGUUUGAAUGUCACUAUACCAAAAACCACAUCUGCUUAUUGUGACAUAGUGAUACAUAUAUGGCUAUAACUUUUUAAAGGUCAAAUCAAAUUGAAAAAAAUAUUGACACAAUACAUCUACAUACAUACUUUUUGUACAGACAAAUUUUCAUUGAAAUCGGUUCAGUAUUUUUGGCUCUACAGUUUUAGGUAAAAAAAUGUGAUAUUUUUUAAAGUGUUUGUUUGGCCCAAGAUUGUCAAAUGGUAAGUCUCUUGUUUCGACGAUAUCUCCGCCAACACUUAACCGAUUUUGAUGAUUUUCUUUAUGGAACACAUACCUGGUUAAAAAAUCCGCUAUUUUUGUGCACGCAAUCAAAAGUUAUACAUUAUUCUUUGUGUCUCAUUUUUUUCGAGUCCAGUCUUUAGUAUUCUUUCAGAUUAUGCAAUACAAAAAGUUCGGGUUUUUUAGGGUUUGUAAUCCAUUAAAGGAAGUCGUUUAAGUAUUCGUAGACAUAGAUAAUAAUCGCGGUAUUUCUUCUUUCAAUGAUUUCUUCAGAAAUUUUCCAAUAUCCUCUAGAAAUCAAAAUCAAAGGCGAGAAAUGUUCCAAGAAAUGCAAGUAUUCAUGUGUCUAUGAAUUUUACCAAAAUAUUUAAUUCAUUAUCUGGGAUAUCCACCGGAAUUUUUUUAAUGGAAUUUUGCGAGAUGCGAGAUGUUCAACGUAAGCUGUCCCAUGUUGUAAUUUUCAUCAAAAUCUGUCCCAUGUCGAGUUUUGCAGUAUAAGCUGUCCCAUGUGAAAUUUCACAAAUGACAUCAGAAUUUCCGGAGAAAAUUCAGGAUUCCCUCAGAGAUGCUCGGAUAGCUUUUUAUGCGUAUUAAGUGAACAUGGGAUAGCUUUUGAUAAAAAAAUAAAUAAACAUGGGACACCUUAUGCUGAAAAAAAUGAUCAUGGGACAGAUUAUGCUGCACAAUCGAACAUGGGACAACUUAGGCUGACAAAACUGAACAUGGGACAAAUUGAUUUAAUGUCGUAUUUACAGAGUUUCUGGACCAAGUGUACUAACCGAGAGUGGUUUAUGAAAGUAUACGCAAUAAUAGACCAUUUGGUGAAAAAAGUCAAAAUCGUUAAAAAGUAAGAUGGGUCUAUUAUGCUGCACACGGCAGAAUAUGGCUACCACAAUUUCGAAAAUUUGUAAACAGAUGUGCCUGAUUUGGCUAAUCUGACUCUGUUUUGCAAGUUAGCAAAAUCAGGAUGAACAAAUGCAGCUUCAUUCAUUGUUUUGUUUGUCUGAUUUGUGCCUUUAAAGUUUGUAUGAAAUAUUUAAUUGGGAUUUUGUAGAAUUUUGAGAAUCCUAUAUAACAUAUGUAUUUCAGCAGAAUGUUCUGAACGACCAAUUGAUUGAUUUUUUCGACAAAUUUUCGAAACAAUUACCGCAGGAUUAAAAAAAAUACAUAUCUUGAAAAAAAAACUGAACUGAACAGAAAAAAACUGUUCUUCAUAGUUUUAAUUGGUUGGAGUCUUCAGAGAAGCUGCUUACAAUCAAUUGGUUUGCAAAUCAAUGGUUCUUUAACCCUCUAAUACCCAACCCCGCCUUUAGAUGGGGUAUAGUUUGAGAUUUUUUUGUAUUUUUUCUUACCUGGGCAAUCAAAAUUUUUAUAUUUUUAAUUGAUUUUUAGGACAUUAACAUUUUUUAAACGUAUUAACAUUUUUAAAAUCAUUGAAAAAUUGAUGUUUUGGUAACUUUUCAGAUGUCAUUGCUUUAUUUUUGUAUUUAAUCGCAAUAAUUGACGUAUUUUGAAUUUUUCCUCAAUCAUUUUAUUAUAGUAAAAGAGUUUAAGAGAGUGGAAUACACACUAAUGAUUUUCCCAAAAGUUACAAGGAAAAUAAAAUUUUCAAUGAAAAAACAAUAAUUUAACAAUAAUCAUAAAAUCUCAAAAUGUUUCAUCCUAAACAAUUGGUAUGCCAAAUAGGUUUCCCGGAAAAAUAUAAAAGUGUAGGGAUAUUCAAAAAUAAAAAUAAAAACAAUCAAAAACCAAAAUUCACAAAAUCGAGGAUUUAAAAGAUUAAUCUUCCAAAACAUGCUUAAAUAGAUUUUAGAUGACGAAAAAUGAUAUUUAGAUCAAAAUUAAAAAUUUUGGUAUUAGAGAGUUAACCUUCCGGCAUUCGCGCGGUUGGCCUCUCCCACCGGCACUACGCUAACGCUGGGUAUAAAAAGCGAGAUUUUUCCGACGUGUUGUAGAAAAUACAACAGGGGUAUAUAACUCUCAAAUAAACUUUUUAAUAUGCGGCUAUUGGCGAGCCAGUUUUUCAUUUUCAUUUUCAUUUUGCAGCAUUUGGUGGGGCAAUGAGAGCGCAAGUCAGUCCAAAGCCGAUGAUAAGGAGGGGUAAUGGCUGAAUAGUCUUUGCUGACCACAUAAACGCCAUGGGAUAGGAAAAGGGUAUUUUGGUGUGGGAUUAGGGUGUUGGUACAGACUUGACAAUAUCAAUGCUAUUCAGAUGCAAAAUAAUUUUAAGGCUCAAUAGUGAAUCGCAUACCUUCCAAAACCAAAAAACAAUAAUUCACAAAAUACCAAGCAAGUCAUAGAAAGAAAAAGCGCCCGAUUGUUUAUUUUGUCAAUUAUAACAAACGGAAACUUCUACCCUCUCCGACUCGCCAGUCACCCCGGAAAAAAUGUCCCUUCAGUUCUGGAAAAUAUAUUAUUCCCAAUUAAGCCUUUAAUCGAAUUGUCCGCGUGGUCUUGUAGUACCCCUGCUAGGUAAGAAUCAGUCAUUGCCAUACAUAUUAAAUGCUAGACAUGACCCCAUGGAUAGCAUUUGCAUAUGUAAAAGCUUUGCUGAUGUGACUUUCCUAUUAGGCAAUUCUCUCAUCUCAUGUUUGUCUUCAAAACCUUAUCAAGCUUAGAAAAUUGAAGUUGAUAAACAAUACAUUACAAGGUUCGAAUUCCCAUAGAAUGAGAUCAUUCAUUCGCACUACAACACCAUAGGAGAUAAUACCACAUUGGCUGAUUACAGUACAAAUGUGAAAAAUCUCCCUUUUCCCCCUAUCCGCAACCCGGGGACGCGCCCUGUUGGAUUUCGAAAGCCUCGGAGAAUAUUACAAACCUUCAAUGGCAUUCCCAUAAACUAACCCACAUUGCCCAUUCAGGGGUCUGACUGGGCCUAUUACCCUCCCUCAGUUUGUUAUAUUCUCUCCAACUUGGAAUUAUAUUUUCCCGACACAUAAAUGACUUCGACAAAUGUUCGAUAUUACUAUGCAGCGUCAUGAUCAGUAUAACUAUAUCAGAUGACUUGAAGAUCUGAUUCUUACAGAAUUGUUUGCCAUUGAUUAUACAUUCAGCUAUUCCAAUCAUUGCUGCAAAGGCCAUCGACCACAUGCCUGAAAUCAAAGCUUCCUGGAAGAUAUAAUCCAAGCCCAGGGGCUAUUGGCGAGCCAGUUUUUCAGUAAAAAAACAAUAUAAUUUCUUCAAGCAACUUUACCAGAGACGCUGUUGAUCUAUUCAUCUCUCAAUUCGAACGUACUGGAUCGAUUUUAACGUUUUGACCUUUUCUAUCUUCAUCUUUUCUGUUUUGAUGAUGUAAUAAUAUUUGGAGAGCAAGUAAUAUAGAAUUACUUAUAUUUGCUAAACAUCGCAUUCGUAUAUAGGGGUAUGCGGGGCAAUAUGGACACCCUAAGGUUUUUGCCAACUUUACCUGACAAGAUGUCAAAAAAGUUUAGUUUUUUAGUACAUGUAUCCUUUUAAAGUCUAUUUAGCAUCUAUUGCAUAAGAAUGCUCACGAAGAAAAAUGAUUUAUCCACUUCAAAAAAUGUUAUGAAAAAUGUUAGUUUUUCAUGACAGUCUUCAAGCAUACGGGGCAGAAUGAACACCCCCAUGGGGCAAUAUGGACACCAUGAGACUUUUACGUAUUUCGUACAUUAUUUACACCUAUAAAGUCAUUUCAUUACAAAACAACUAUUAUGGAUGAAUAAUACGCCGAAGUAGUUCAUUUUUGUUAAGUUAAUUUAAAUUCAGGCUGUUCUGUAUAAAGCUUCGUUUUUGUCGGCAUGUACAGCUGUGCCUCGAACAACUAUUUUCCACUGCUGUCGUUUUUUGACCAAUUUGUUUCACCCUAUGUUUACUAUAGUGAACAUUUAACCGAAAAUAUACUGAAAUCGAAGAAUUUGGUUGGUUUGUGAUUUAGGUUAUAUUUUUCCCUUGCCGCUUCUUUCAAAAAGGUGAGUGUCCAUUUUGCCCCGGCAGCAGAAGAUAUUUCCAAACUUGAUUUUUGAUAUAAUAAAGAAGAAAAUAUAAACAUGUUAAGCAUGUAGAUACAGCAAAACUACUUGCAUGUGUUCUAGAAAUAUCAGGUUUUAAUUGACCUGUAAUAAAUUAAUCACUAAAUCUUAUUUUAGAUGGUGUGAAAAUUAUAAUUUCCAUGCACAAAAAACGGAGGACGCAACUUUCUUGUGUAAAAUCAAGGUUAAUUUUAAUUUCGAAUGUUUCUUUCCUGAAACUACGUUUUAGACAAAUGGACUAUAUUCUCCAUUCAUUAAAAGUUCAAAAAAGUUCGCAUAUUUCAAAAUAUUGAGGGUGUCCAUUCUGCCCCGGGUGUCCAUAAUGCCCCGCCUACCCCUAAUAUGGUCGUGUCCUCGAUAGAUGUUUUUGCUGAACCUAGUAUUUAAUCUUUGACAGAAUUCUUGACCGAAUCCAUGGAUUUCUUGGUGAAAUUGCAUAGAUUUUUUGGAGAAAAAUGUAUGUAUCUUGAGAUUAUUUAUAUAGUCUUGUCAGAAUUGUAUAGCUGUAAUUCGUCCAUUUCUGUCUUUUUUUUAGAGAACUCAUAGUUUCCUCCAAAAUGUCUAGAAAUCAAUACAGAAUGUCAAUUGCUGUAUCGCAAAUAAUAAUAAAUAAUUUAUAAUUGCUCUAAUUGCUCUUAGAGACUGUGUAACGAAUUCCGUCAAUAUAAAUCUGUGGGUCUCAAUGCCAUGAGCACACUUGCUGAAAACCUUUUUUCACUUCAAAUAUUUUCUUUAUCUAGCUACAUUUAUGAUCGUAGGUUUAUUUUCUUUUACAAGAACUUCAAAACUUUUUUGAUACGAUUAUGAAGUUUUUUAAGAUUAUUAUUUUUUUAUUUCAUUCUAUUUUAGAACAAAUAUUUCCUCUAGAAAGAGGGCACCUCUACUUUUUGGCCCAAGGUCCCACAUUUAUUUAUCCGGCCCUGUGUACAGUCAAUAUUAAUGCAAACAAAGGAUUUAAGCGACGAACCCCAACGGGCGAAAGGCAGUGGUGGAAAUGGAUCGCGAACGUGUGCUUACGCGUUACAAAAAAAUGCCAUCGCAUCGCAAACCUUUGCUGUGCGAUUGUGUUCGCACGUUUGUGGCUCACGAUCGUACGACACGAACGCCAACGAGUGCAUCGCAUCUUUUGCAAGCGCGAUGCUUUUUUAUUUUAGAGGUUCGCGGCCGAUAUUUUUGUAAUGAAAUCAAAUGUUGGCAAACUUUUUCGUCGAUAUCAUUUAUUGGUAUGGUACCUGACCAGUAUAAUCAUAAAACACCCAACUAAUUACCUUUAAGUGUACAAAAAAUGGCAACAAACCAAGUGCUCUACAUUGUGAUCCUUCUGGUGAACCAACUGCGAUUCUGCUCGCUCGACAUUUGUUUUGUGUUGGUUCGUCGGUUCGGGAAAUCGUGAACCGUUCUCUCUUUUUGGGUUCGCGAGCGCGUGAGCAAAGAUUGUGUAUGAUGCGAACCAAAAAACACGUCAAGCGCAUGAUGCUUUCCACCACUGGCUAUGCUAUGACUGUGUGUUAAUAAUACUUUCUGGGAUACGACUGAGGUUAUGUACUGUUGUGGUAUUGCCUCGCAGUCUUAAGGGUAAUGGAAAACGCUAACUUCUGAUAAUUCCCGUCGUUUCGGUCAAGGGUUCAAGGGUUGUAAAAGUUUUAAUACAAACUCAUAGUAUAUUAUAAUACAUUUAACAUUUACCAUUUCAGAGAGACAUGAAAAAAAAGGACCCAAACGAACCAAAAAGUCGGAAUUAACAAAAAGUAGCGUUUUCCAUUCCACUUAAGACUGCGAGGCCAAACCACAACAAUGAAUAAUACUUAACAGCUUUACAGUCAGGAUUCCGAUAACACAACACUACCCACUUUAUGCUCCAAACACACAAAAAUUGGCUCAAUUGGAUGUGAGAUGAUGACUUAGAAAUUGUGAUGGACGUGAAGUAGUUGGCACCGUGUUAUAUGUUUUCUGAUUUUAUGUAUUAAAAUUACGCCGUUUGGUAUGAAUUUAUUAGGCCUAAAACCCGUUACUGCGUACUGCCUGUUUUCUAAGAUGGUUCUGAAUGGUUCAGUCAGGGCCUACAGGGUUAACAGGAUCAAGUCGGCUUCCCGCUUCUUGCCAAUUUCUAAGUUGAUUGAAGAGUCACUCCCCUGAAAGCAAUCCUACGCUUAACACACAAGUAACAUUUAAAAUUAUGUUUUGCUCUAUAGAAUGUUUUCAUUGGCAGUUUUAUAAAACUUGUAAUAAAACUACAUCAUAACCUCCCAACAACCUCUUCAGAGUUUUUUUUUUGCCAAGUGGACUACUCUGGAAGAGUUUGAAUAAAAACUGUAAUAAAUCUUUGAACAAUUUACCACGUUCUAUAAGUGAUUAUGAUAGUGACCGUAUUUGACUGGUUUGAUGUGUUUCAUUUCUACGAACAGUCCAACAGCCCAUAUUUUUAUUAUUUUUCCAAUCUUGAAUUCAAAGAUGCCAAAAAGUUCUUCAGUGAGCAUAAAAAGUUCAUGAUUAUAUGAAACUUGACAAUUGAACGUUUUAAAAGUUUAUUUAUUGUGUGCUUAGACCCUGAGACUUGUCCACAUUCAAUUCUCUUUUGAACAUCAGUGUUUCAGAAGCCUAUAAUAAAAGUGUCUCAAAAAUUGUGGAUGUUUUUUUUAAGGUGGAAUAAAUUUGAAUAGAAAAUUGGUUAAAUUCUCCAUGUUUUCGACGUAGUUUUACAGAGAGAGUCCACUGGCAAUAAUUACAGAACGUUGACAUUUUACUCAUACCUAAGCUGGAAAUGCUCAUGAAUAUCAACAGCACAUUUCUAACCAUACAGCGUACAAUGUCCUCCAAAAGUGCCAUUACGUCAUAUGAACCACACGCAUCAACCAAUUGUGAACUCCACCGAUUCGUAAUGCACACACUAACGAGCACUAACAAUCGUUGCAAAUAAGUCACAAUUUGUGCCGAUGCAAAAAGAAGCAAGGCCUUGGGUCGGCCAUCAGUCAGAACAAUCCAGGCACCAAACCGCACCGUAACUCUCGUCACUCAAUCAUCUUUGAGAACCCUUUUUCCAGGUUUCCAAGCAAGAAUCGUACGGUGUAUGUGCCCCAAAAGCGCGAAAAUCUUCGGUUCGUAGUGGUCGAAGGUGUGAUUUCUCCCACAAGAAAGCAACAUACCAAACAUCAGCAACGUGCACUAUUCGUAAAGAGGGUAGACAAGGCGGACUUGGACAUACUGUGAGAAAAAAAAAUGCAGGUGCGGGACUGACUCCAAAACUUCUUUAUGAGCACACACACGUUGAGUGAAGUUAGACACUUUAUGGCUUGGCAAAACUUGUCUUGGUGAAAAUUGCAUCGUGUAACCGCAACCAAGUGGAUUCAACCGAAAGAAAACAAAGAAGAAAGAAAAUUGUUCAGGGAAGAAAAGCAAGUGACAACUCGAAAGACAGUCAGCAGUAGAGCAGAAAAAACGAAAAUCAGCAAGUGUUACAAUUAUUAAGUAAUUCGAGCGAUUAUCUUCCGAACAUACACACACACAGAGCUGGAGGCCCGGCAUCAAGCGGAUAAGUGGCCGACAUUCAUCGAGCAUCACGAGCUAGUCGUGUGGGGGAUCUACUUCUGGAGUGAGGGCGGACUGCAUUAGGUUUCACGGCAGCACGCGAGCUUUUCUGGCAACAGCCACAGACAACAUGGAGGAAGAAAAAGGCCUGCAAUUGUGGAUUAUCUUUCGAAUGUGAGCCUUUGAUGGACAACUAGUGGACGUUUUACCGAUGCAGAAAACGUAGCGCCAACUCCGAAUCAAAAGCCCAGCGCAUCCGGAUUUGAACAAAGUGGGAAUUCAACGACUCCAGAAUCCAAAGGAAACUUUUUCUUCGCUCGCGGCGAAGUAAAUUAUGUACCGUCGCAUCCAGAGUCAACAACACACGAGAGCUACUAGUAAAAAUUGGCGCAAAUAUCCGAAUUCGUGAGGCCGGUGGCAGACGAAGCCUAUCUAUUGUAAUUAUUAAGUAAAUUUUCGAUUAGGUUGUUCUUGAAUCGUUCUAGCAAUGGUAUUCAACGUACUUAUAGCAUCAUCUGUGAUCAAAACAGCCACUGUAGUAGGCUCUAGUCUAUGGCUGAUUCCAUUUCUACUGGGAGCCAUAUCAUAUUACCGCUAUGAUCGGGUGGAUCCAGAAUCCCGAGUUAUUGACCAACAAAGUCUCUAUCCAGAAUACGAUUUCAUAGUAGUAGGUGGUGGUUCAGCCGGAGCAGUAGUGGCCAAUAGGCUAACGGAGGUAAGCCGGUGGAAGGUGUUACUGCUGGAAGCAGGUCCAGAUGAGAACGAAAUAUCGGACGUUCCAUCGCUUUCCGCAUACCUACAGCUCAGUAAGCUGGAUUGGGGAUACAAAACUGAACCCACAGGUAAAGCAUGUCUCGGUAUGGUGAACAAUCGCUGCAACUGGCCGAGAGGGAAAGUUUUGGGAGGCUCUAGCGUACUUAACUAUAUGAUCUAUGUAAGAGGAAACAAAAACGAUUUCAACCACUGGGAGUCUCUUGGAAACCCCGGAUGGGGCUACAACGACGUUCUGCAGUAUUUCAUUAAAUCGGAAGACAACCGAAACCCGUAUCUUGCCAGAAACCCCUACCACGGUAAGGGAGGGUUACUGACAGUCCAGGAAGCGCCAUGGCAUACCCCUUUGGUAGCAGCAUUUGUGGAGGCUGGAUCAGAAAUCGGUUACGAAAAUCGUGAUAUCAAUGGGGCUCAACAAACGGGCUUCAUGAUCGCUCAGGGAACGAUUCGUCGUGGUAGUCGGUGUAGUACAGCUAAGGCCUUCCUCCGGCCAAUUCGAUUGAGGAAAAAUUUGCACACAGCAUUGAAUGCACACGUUACGAAACUGUUGAUCGAUCCAGGGACGAAAAGAGCCGUGGGGGUUGAGUUCUUCCGACAGGGAAAGCGACACUUUGUCAAAGCGAAGCGGGAAAUUAUCAUGUCGGCUGGAUCCAUCAACACGCCUCAGAUAUUGAUGCUCUCCGGCAUAGGUCCAAAAGAACACCUAAGUGAAGUGGGCAUCAAAACUAUAGUUGAUCUUCCAGUGGGUAAAAAUAUGCAAGAUCAUGUAGGAAUGGGUGGCCUUACGUUCCUAGUAGACAAACCAGUGGCAAUUUUACAAAACCGGUUAGAGGCUGCAUCCGUAACUAUGAAUUAUGUAAUCAACGAACGAGGACCAAUGACUGUACUGGGUGGAUUGGAAGGAAUCGCUUUCGUGAACACUCCGUUUGCUAACAUUUCACAAGAUUGGCCAGAUAUUCAAUUCCACAUGGCACCCGCUUCGCUAAACUCGGAUGGCGGCGCACGGGUGAAGAAAAUCCUGGGACUUAAAGAAAGCCUCUACAAAGAAGUAUUCCAGCCUAUUCACAACACGUACAGCUGGACCAUCAUGCCACUACUGCUGCGACCACGAUCACGGGGUUGGGUCCGUCUGAAAUCUAAGAAUCCUUUCCAUUACCCUCUCAUGAAUCCAAACUACUUUGAAGAUCCGUUCGAUGCACUGACGCUUGUCGAAGGCGCAAAGAUUGCGCUGCGGGUAGCAGAUGCGAAAGUUUUCAAGCAGUUCGGCAGCCGGUUGCAUCAGACCCCACUUCCCAACUGUAGGCACCACAAGUUCCUUUCGGACGCCUAUCUGGAUUGCCAGGUACGAACGAUCUCAAUGACCAUCUACCACCCAGUCGGGACGGCCAAGAUGGGCCCCGAGUGGGAUCCGGAAGCCGUAGUUGAUCCAAGGUUACGAGUUUACGGUGUUUCUGGGUUGCGAGUCAUAGAUGCUAGUAUAAUGCCAACAAUUGUGAGUGGAAACACCAACGCAGCAGUUAUUAUGAUUGGCGAGAAAGGCGCCAACAUGAUCAAGGAAGACUGGUUGGGCAUUAUGAAGGCCAAUGUCAGCGCAGCUCGGCUCACGGAACACAACACUCUGAUGCAGGCGUCUUGUGCGGUACUGGUAUGGAUGCUGUGGAGUUUCUGCUACCAUGCUCAGGCACAGGACAGCAUAAUGUCUGUGAUUGAGUUCCUCCAGGAUGGAGGCAAAAGAUUGGAUAGAGAGCUUCCUGAUCGGAAAAACCUGAAUGAAGAAUACGACUUUGUGAUAGUUGGUGCCGGAUCAGCGGGCUGCGCUCUAGCAGCCAGACUGUCGGAAAUCAGUGAUUGGAAUAUUUUACUCAUAGAGGCGGGCGCGAAUGAAAACUUACUGAUGGAUAUUCCAAUGUUCGUUCAUUAUAUGCAAAGUUAUGACGUGAACUGGGACUAUCGAACGAAGCCAAGUGAUCAGUAUUGUCUGGCAUUUAAAAACAAUCAGUGUAGAUUUCCACGGGGCAAAGUGAUGGGCGGAUCUAGUGUACUUAAUUAUAUGAUUUAUACUAGAGGGAACCGUCGCGACUUUGAUAGUUGGGCAGCUGCCGGAAACGACGGAUGGAGCUACAAGGACGUGUUUCCUUACUUCCAAAAAUUAGAACAUAGUGUUGUGCCUGAUGCGUAUCCAGGAUAUGCGGGGAAGAAUGGUCCUUUGUCUGUAUCUCACGUACCGUAUAAAUCGAAAAUUGCGAAAUCAUUUUUGGAGGCAUCCCUGGAAGCUGGAAUUCCAUAUGUGGAUUACAAUGGACCGAAACAAGUGGGAAUAUCAUUUAUCCAGAGCACUACCAGAAAUGGAUAUCGUGAUAGUACUAAUGCAGCGUACUUAUAUCCGUUGAAAAAUCGAACGAAUUUACAUGUGAAGAAGAGGUCCCAAGUUACAAAGAUAAUCAUUGACAAGGAAACAAAAAGAGCAAUUGGCGUUAAAUUCUACCACAAUCGUAAAUACUACACAGUGAAAGCACGACAUGAAGUAAUUUUAUCAGCUGGGGCAAUUGGCUCUCCCCAUCUUUUGAUGCUGUCCGGUGUGGGUCCAAAGCGGCAUUUGCAGGAAAAAGGAAUUAAACCAAUAGUUGAUCUACCUGUAGGCUACAAUUUCCAAGACCACACUGCUGCAGGAGCGCUUACUUUCCUCAUAAACAAUACGAUGAGCAUGAUGGUUGAACGAGAAAUGUCCAUCGAAAACUUUAUGGAUUUUCAACUAAAGCAUACGGGACCUCUAACUUCGAUCGGUGGUUGUGAAACGAUUGGUUUCUUUGACUCAGAACACCCGAACGACGCUGAUGGUUGGCCGGAUUACGAACUUCUGCAGAUCGGUGGAACCAUGGCAGGAGAUCCAUCAUUUGAAUUGAACUUUAAUUAUAAGCACGAAACAUUUCAAAAAUUGUUUGGUGAAAUUCAACGCAAGAGUCUCAGUGGGUUUACGGUGUUCCCCCUCAUAUUGAGACCCCGAAGCAGCGGUCGCGUUUCCUUGAAAAAUGCAAGUCCCUUCCGAUAUCCCGUUAUAGAACCGAAUUACUUCUCAGAUCCAUACGACUUGGACAUCUCGGUGAGAGCAAUUCGUAAAACACUUGAAAUCAUCGAACAACCAGCGAUGCAAAAACUCAACGCUCAUCUCCUGCCCGUUUCAAUGCCAGGAUGCGAGCAAUACGAGUUCAACUCCGACGACUACUGGCGAUGCUUCACCAGGCAUGCCACCUACACCAUCUACCAUCACGUGGGCACCUGUAAAAUGGGACCCCGGAAGGAUCGCACUGCGGUGGUCGAUCCACGCCUACGGGUGCAUGGAAUCAAAGGUCUCCGCGUAGUGGAUGCCAGCAUUAUGCCAAACGUACCUGCCGGACACACCAAUGCACCGACGGUCAUGAUAGCCGAAAAAGCGGCCGACAUGAUCAAAGAAGAUUGGAACAUGGUUCGGUGAUGAAAUGGGGGAUUGGUGAACAAAGCUUUAAUUUAUUAUGAACAUAUUUAUGAGAAGACUGGACUAAUAAAUGAUUAGUGUGAUACAUGCGAAGAAA